GACGGUGGCAUUGUAAUUUUUGAACCAUAAAAAAUGUUCUUAUUGGCUGGGACAAUAGAAAAAUGUCAUAUUCUUAUUUCUCGUGUUGGAGUGCGUCAUUAUUUAGCCUGUGAUUGGCUAAAUAAAUGACGCAUUGCGACACGAGAAAUAAAGAUUGACUUCUUCGUGUUGAUUAAGCCUGUGAUUGGCUAAAUAAAUUACGCAUUGCGACACGAGCCUGUGAUUGGCUAUAGUGAAUGGUUCAAUGCGGCAAGAAGUGGUUUGACUCAUCUGGAACAAUUCAGAGCUUUCGUAAUACAUUAGAUACUAAUUAACCAAUUAGAAAGCAAUAACGGUGUGGCGUGAUUUUGAUUAGCCAAUCAGGGGAAAUCAGGAAGUGAGAAAUUUGCGAUGUCAUAGUGGAGGUGGAGUAUUUAAGGAGCUGCAGAGAGAUCGGAGCUCACUUUUUCACCGGUUUUCGUCUGCUGCGGACCUGCAUGCCACGUUGCGAUAGAAAAAGAUACACAAGACAGCCAACAGCAAACAAAAUAUUGCUGGAUGUAUAAGGAUGGAUAUCUUUGCUCAGGAAGAAGGUUAUGAUAUUGACGGUGAUAGUAUUAUGGAUACAACGCCCGCAGCCAUAUUUCCGGCUAAAAGUGGUUUUUGUGAACGUAACAAUAUUAGAACGGUAGAGAAAGAACCAUCUAAUAAAGAUGAUGAAAUAUCAUGUUUUACAAAGAUGAUAUCCUUAAUGAUAAGGAGUUUGCCAAAAUAUAAAAGAAGAUUGGUACAGCUUCGGCUAAUGGAGGUAAUUUGUGAGGUUGAGUGACAUUGAAGUUGAACUACAGUGCUAAUGAUCUACUUUUAGUAUAAUUUCACAUAAUACUUUGAUGAGGGUGGGUGUUGGAUGGUGGGGAGCGGGAGCUUGUCAAAUGCUUGAGUGACGUUUACUCAAUUUGUACUUUGUUUUCUUUAGUGUACUGUAUUCUAUUUGAAGCAGUCAACUCUCCCAAUACCGACCACCCUUCGGACCGUCCACUUUGACCGGUUUUCUGGACGGACCGGUUUAGAGAACGUCAUGUUUACCUACCUUGGUUUCCCGAUCUUGAGUCAAUAAUAAGCCUAGGCUUAGCAAGGUACAGCAGAAAUGUACACCACACUGCAUCAUGUACUGUGUAGGCCUACUGACCUGAGAACGUCUUUUAAAAUUCAUGUUUUACUUUAUUUUUACAUUAUUUAUGUUGUACGUACCUAUUGUUUUGUGUCGAAGUCUAUUAUCAAUAAAAAUUUACACAAAUCAACUUAAUGUGUAUCGUAAUUUAUAAUAAGUGUCAGUGUUAUUUUUCGUUCGAUCGCCUUAAUCUACUUCGCUUCAACGUGGUUGCACGCUUGAUUGGUUUUCGAUGCCGCUGGCAUAACCUUAGCUUGUUGGGUCGCUAAAUGCAAAAAAUAAGUGCUAACUUAUGCAGCGCCCCCUAAACUGCGUCAGCCAAUAGAAAACAGUCAGAGGUGACAGUCAAAGUGUCAUGCGCAUUUGUUUUUAUGAAAUCGAUAGCGUGGGACCGCUUGGUUUGCCUUAGCGUGAGAAUGAAUGCAAAAUGUAAGAAAAGGGUACGUUCCUUAAUAAAGAAAACACACUCAUGAACUUUAUUAAACAAUCAGUUUAUUAAACAAAUGAAAUCUAGGCUUAUUGCAAUUAAUUAAUUAAUGCGCUAUCGGCGUGUCACACGAUCAACACUAACGAUCGUACACGUGGUGUUGUAUUAAUUUUGGACGCACCAAUAUCAUGUGAAGUGUGCCACUGUUUCAAAAGUG